AUGCUUCUCUCUCCGGGCCACUCCCCGAGGCACAUCUCGUCGCCGUCGCCGUCUCUGAUCUCGGAGGACGCUCUCCAGGUCUCAUCCAAAUCAGGCGGCGCUUCCUCUUCCAGGAAGCGGCCGAGGGUUCUCGAUGAGGACACAUACGUGGCCGCAAUGGAGAAGAUCAUCGAGCGGGAUUACUUCCCCGACAUCUCCAAGCUCCGGGACCGUCUUGAUUGGCUGGAGGCGGUGAAGACGGGAGAUCCGAUGCAGAUACGAGACGCUCAGCUGAAGAUCAUCGAGCGCCGCGGGAAGAAGGCCGGGAAUCCAGGGUCCGAUUCCACUCUGCGGGGACCAAGCCGCACCAGGACACCAGGUUCUACUUUCAUGCGUAAUUUCACCCCUCUAGAUGAAUUCGAUGUCACAACUCCUAGCGUUCUCAAUGCUAAUUUAUCGGGCGAGCCUGGAGAGAAUGAACCAGCGGAUGUAGAUGAAUCUCUAGGGUUAGAUGAGUUCCUCAGGAGGUAUACUAGCGAGGAUAACGAUAGUUUUGCUAAGAUAUUAACCAAAGUCAACAAGAAGAGGAAGGAGAAGUAUGCUCAUUUGUUGGAAGGUGAGAAGGAAGAAGAUGGUAAGUCCAUAGAAGAUGCAAAGCGGGAUAGGAUUACUGAUGGUUAUGGAACUUCCGAUCAGCCUCCGAGUACGUUAGAAAGCUGGAAAUACACUGCAAAGAAUCUGCUCAUGUAUCACCCUGCUGACAGAGGUGAAGCUCCAUUGACCGAGGAAGAGCAGGCCAUUCGAUUGCAGGGACUAACCAAAGAGAUCAACAAGGGGAGCACUAGAUUCCAUGGUAAAAUGAUGGAUACUAGGCCGAAUGAUGAUGGCACCUUGGAAGUUCUCUACACUCCAGUUGUAGGUGGGACACCAAUGCCCAUGUCUGAUAGAGAACGAGAUAAGAUGAAGAAGUAUGAUCUUGACGACUUGAAGAAGUCUGCGAAUGGGUACAGCUUCGUGAAGACGCCAUCGCCUGCUCCAGGUGUCGACGAAUCACCAUUCAUCACGUGGGGUGAGAUUGAAGGGACACCGAUGAGAUUAGAGGAUGAAGACACUCCAAUUGAUAUUGGUGGAAAUGGGGAUGGACCACACUUCAGGAUCCCGAAUCCGCCUCCAAGGGAUGUCAAAGCUCACUCUUUGUCUAGGGAUGCUGCACGAAAAUUGCGGGAGAGAUCAAAGAUGUGGCAGAAACCGCCGUUGCCUUCCCCUAGCAGAGGGGGAAGUGCUAGCCCUAAUGUUCGGACGCUGUCACCUGCAGCCCAGAAGUUUGUGAGGAAUGCGAUUUCAAAGAAUUCGGGGUCAGUUGUGGAUGAGUCUCUUCGAGCUAGUUAUCGAGGUGGGAGUCCUUUGUUGGGGACCCCCAAGAGCGGGAGGAGCGUGUCAAGGCUUGGAAGAGAUGGCACUAGCAAUAUUUCCAGGUCGCCUUCUGUGAGAGAGGGUUCCAAUCCUCCAUGGUAA